AUGGAUUUAGCCGAUUGCAAACCUUGCCAGGUUCUAAUGGAAGCUCGAUUGAAAUUAAGCAAGCUAGAUGACAGUCCAUCAAUGGAUUCAACUCUGUACAAGAGUGUAAUAGGCAGCCUAAGAUACUUGGUAAAUGCAAGACUUGACUUGGCAUAUUCAAUUAGUGUUAUUAGCCGUUAUAUGAAAGCACAAACUACAACCCGCAUGGUUAUAGUUAAACAGAUUCUGAGAUAUGUGAAUGGUACAAUCAAUCAUGGAUGCCACUAUACACAUGGAAAGGAUUCAGGUCUGAAACUGACAGGAUACAGUGACAAUAAUCUUUCAGGUGAUGUUGAUGAUAGGAAGAGCACCACGGGUGUGAUUUGUUUCCUUGGGGAUAAUCCAAUCACAUGGCCUGAAGACUUGAUCACGCACUUGAAGCGGGCGAGAAGGCUUGUUCCUGAAAAUUACUCGUUGCGAUCCAAAUCAUCAGAAAUUUGUCCAGUUGUCAGGGUUUAA